AUGAACGGUGAGUCUGCCUUGCGUGGGCUGGCCAACCAACUCGGAUCAAUUGAGGAAGAGACUACGACUUUAAGCGAGCAAGUCUUGCAAGAUCAAGAAACGCACUAUGCAGAAACUGUUGACCAAGUGAAGCACAGCUUGAAACAAUUAGUGGAGGAUAACGAGUUCAUAUUUGAACCAGUACCGCAGCCAACGGAUAUAGACUUGAGAUGCAUUCCAAAACGCAUUUCUGAUCUCGGCAAGCUCGCUGAGCAGUUGAAAACAACACAUCUAGAACAGGAGAUGCUGGACAACUUCCUGCGCUACACAAUUCCAUCGGCAGAUCUUUUGCAAAUGGAGUCAUCGCAGGACGAACGAUUCGUUUCGCUUUCAGAAAAUGUUCACCAUUUGCGGGACGAAGUGAUCACAGAAUUAGAUUCAGAUGUCAACGAGCUAAAACACGAAAUAGGGCAGGCUAGUCAGAAAAUUGCUGAUCAGCGGGAAGUCGUAAACGAGUUAUGUCUCGAUACGGGUGAACUUGUUGAUCAGUGCCACACAUUAUUGCAAGAACUAGAAAAUUCAACGGACAGGCUAGAAACUGAGCAAGAAGGCGAGUCUCGUGAGAUCUAUGACGUGCCGUCAACAGAAGAAACUUUGACGAUCUUACAGUCCCUCAAAGAGAAAUUAAGUCAGAAAUCUCAUCUUGAACAUCAUAUCGAGCAUUUGGAACAAACGAAGACCUCUCUGAGCUCAAUCUUGGAGACAAGAGAUCAAAAUGUUCAGGAAUCGAAUUCGGCUUUAAUUGACGCGUGCAUGUCCUAUGACGCGCUAAUUCAAUUUUGGUCAAAUAAAUUGAUCCAUAAGGAGAUCAAGAAUCUGGAGGUCUUCCCCAAAUCAGGUAAAUUCCAAUUCACAUUCCAAAAAGUUGAGAUUGUAAUUUCAUUAAGUCACCUUGGGACCAUUUCGAAAGUUGAACUAUACGGAAAUGGGAUACCGCUCGACAAAGUAGUUGCGGCGCGACAGCAUGUUAAUCAAGUUGCUACUAGUGGAGCUCAACUUUAUCGCCAAACUAUCAGAGUGCUGAAUAUUGUAAAAGAAUAUGCAACAAUUUUAUAA